ACAUUUUUGACUUUUGACAUUCCUUUCACGCGAUUACCUUCAAAAGCGCGUGGCGUUGCUUCAAAAUAUUUUUGUUUUUAAAACGCAAUGGCGAAAUCGAUUAGGAGCAGAUGGAAGCGAAAAUGCAGGGCGAUCAAACGAGAACGGUAUGCGGUAAAAGAAUUAGCGCGAUUGAAAAAAAUGCUCGGCGUCAAAGAUGAAGAGAAACCAGCUGGAAGUGAGGUUAUGGAAUCUGAGCAAGUUAUAUUUCUGGACGCGGGCGAUUUAAAGAAAAGCAAAAAAGUAUUAGAAGACAUCGAAAAGGACAAUGAAGACGUCGAAAUGAGUUCAGAUGAUGAAAACGUUGUGGUCGAUAGCGAAGGCGGCAAGAAAAGAGUUUUUAAUACGAAAACUUUGAAAGAUCAGAACGGACAGUACCCGGUUUGGUUGCACAAACGUAAGAUCGCCAAAAUAAAUAAAGACGGUAAAAAGAAGCAAAAAAAGAGAAUUAAAAAGCGAAAGAAGUAAUAUUUUAAUAAAUUAGUGUUAAAAAAAAAUGUUUUUAUUUUAAUCCCGUCGAAAAUAUUUGAUAACAUAUAUGAAGAAUAUUGUUAAACAGUCGUUGCAUUUCGUGAAAUAUUAAAACACUACUGGUUGUCUGUUUUGUUUAUGGUAGCCAAGAAACCAUUUGGGUGCAAACUUGUCUAAAAUUUCAACUCGUACAGGAUAUUUGGGUGCAUAAAACAAACAAUCCUAAAUUAUUCAUUUUUAUGUAUAGAAUGCAGCGAUAUUAUUAUAUGUUAAGUACAAUUUGUAAAACUUAAAGUUUCUAAUUUUGAGGUUCUUAUAUUAUUGCAGUUUAUUUACCAAUUUAAAAUAACUGUUAUAUAUAUAUAUUAUAUAUCUGGCUAAAUGUGUAUAUCAAGGGUGGUCAACUGAUCCAUUGCAGCUUUUGGUUCCAUCGUGGCUAGGCAAAAAAUACAAAUACAUGGAAAAGACAGCACAAUGUAAUCACUAAUUACUGCAUGUAUCAUCUUUAUCUUGUAUUAUUUGUUAUUGGCCUUUCUGUCCCAUUAUUUAUCCUAUAUAAUAAAAUAUACUACUCAUUUGUAUACUGAA